GGCAUUCCGGCGUUACCUGGUCAGCAAAUGCCCAUGGACGUGCUCGACCAGAUGGUAAAGCGUAUCCUAGACACCGUCCCCGGCAUCUCGCGUGUGGUGUAUGACAUGACUGCCAAGCCCCCAGGCACCACUGAAUGGGAAUAA